AUGAGGUCACGCUCAGGGCUGCGACCGUGCCUCUGCGGCCUGCUCGCGCCCGCUCAUCUCAUCGGAAACCUUUGCACGACUGCAUGCGAAUCUGUGCACGAGAUAUCCGGCGAGCUGCAGCGAACGUACGUGCGGAUUGAGAGUUGUGACUUGGUGCCACGCUGCUGCAGCGACGGCGGUGGUGGUGGCUGCAGCGCAUUGCUGCCUAGGAUUCGCUACGGAGCUUCGGUGGCGGUCGGAGACUCCGCCGAGCACUCGGUGGGAACGAGCAAGGAACCCAGCGUCUCCGAAAUUCACGGCCCAUCCGACGGCUCCAGGGCCACGCCAACCGAGUGGGCCUACGUGGAGAUCAGAGAGGCGUCCCCCGACCGCUCGGAGUGGGCAGGCGCGCGGGGCGGCGAUGCGGCGCGCGGCUCGGGAAGCGGCGGCGAUGUAGGACGGGGGGCGGCGCUCACGAGUGAAGGCGGCGAGGUCAAGCCCGCGGCAGAAGUGGCAACGAGCCGCGGCGGGGACAUGGGCAUCGUGGCGAGCUCCACGGACGACGAGUCUAUCGUCUAUCACGACACGCUCACGCCCGAGGAGGCGCAGCUAGCUGCCGGUCGCUACAGUGAAGAAGAUGCGCCAGACGGGACGGCGGAUUGGCGGGAUGGCGGCGAGCGCGUGCCGGAUGAGACGACAGAUCAACGGGAUGGUGGCGAGCACGUGCCGGAUGAGACGACAGAUCAACGGGAUGGUGGCGAGCACGUGCCGGAUGAGAUAGUAGAUCGGCGGGACAACGGCGAGCGCUUGCCGGAUGAGUCGGCCAAUCGGCGGGACAACGGCGAGCAAGUGACGGAUGAGACCACGUGCCGGAUGAGAUAG